AUGGCUGCGGAGGUGCCUCGGUCCCGGGCUGUUCCGGGGCCCGGGCGGCGGCUGCUCCUCCUCCUCCUCGCGGCGCUCACCUUGCCGCUGGCCCAGACCCAGGGAGACGAGUUCCGGCCGGGCCAGUGGGGGGCGGCGGCGGCGGCAGGGGGCGGGGCGGCGGCCGCUGCGCAGGGACGCAGAUACCUCCUGUAUGAUGUCAACCCUCCGGAGGGCUUCAACUUGCGGCGGGAUGUGUACAUCCGGGUGGCGUCUCUGCUGAAGACCCUGCUGCGCACAGAGCCGUGGGUGCUGGUGCUGCCCCCCUGGGGCCGCCUCUACCACUGGCAGAGCCCGGACAUCCGCCAGGUGCGCAUCCCCUGGGCAGACUUCUUCGACCUCCCGAGCCUGGGCAAGAACAUCCCCGUCCUCGAGUACGAACAGUUCAUGGCAGAGUCCGGCGGCCCCUUCAUCGAGCAGGUGUACGUCCUCCAGGGCUACGCGGAAGGAUGGAAGGAGGGCACCUGGGAGGAGAAGGUGGACGAGCGGCCGUGCAUCGAUCAGCUCCUGUACUCGCGGGACAAACAUGACUACUACCGGGGCUGGUUCUGGGGCUAUGAAGAAACAAGGGGCCUCCGGGUGUCCUGCCUGUCCGUGCAAGGCUCUGCCUCCGUCAUCGCCCCCGUGCUGUUGAAGAACACGUCAGCCCGAUCCGUGAUGUUGGACCGAGCGGAGAACCUGCUGCACGACCACUACGGAGGGAAAGAGUACUGGGACACCCGUCGGAGCAUGGUGUUUGCCAGGCACCUUCGUGCCGUGGGAGACGACUUUAGAAGCAAGUACUUGAACUCCACCAACGAGGCAGACGGGAUACCUUUCACCGAAGACUGGACCCAAAUGCAGGUCAAGCUGGGCACCUCCCGGGGGGGCCCUUACCUGGGCGUCCACCUCAGGAGGAAGGAUUUUAUCUGGGGUCACAGAGAAGAUGUGCCCAGCCUACAGGGAGCAGUGAAGACCAUCCGGAGCCUCAUGGAGACCCACAAGCUGGCCAGGGUCUUUGUAGCGACGGACGCGGUUAGAAAAGAGGCCGAGGAGCUCAAGCGGCUGCUUCCUGAAAUGGUGAGAUUCGAGCCUACCUGGGAGGAGUUGGAGCUCUAUAAAGAUGGUGGUGUGGCCAUCAUUGACCAGUGGAUCUGUACCCAUGCCCGAGUCUUCAUUGGCACCUCCGUGUCCACGUUCUCCUUUCGGAUUCACGAGGAAAGAGAAAUUCUGGGCCUGGACCCGAAAACGACUUACAACAGGUUUUGUGGGGACCAAGAACGACAGUGUGAGCAGCCGACCCACUGGAAGAUUGCCUACUGAGGGGGCGCUGCCCGGCCCCUCACAGCACCCCCUGCCUGUGCCCUGGACGCUCGCUGGGCCAGCUGGUGGCAUGGAGUGGCCAAGAGGCCCCAUGUGGAACAGUUCUACCAAAGAAAAUGGCCUCCAGCCCACAAGCCUGGGCCAGAGGGGCCGGCCCGGAGGCCCGAGGGACGAAUCAUCCAUUCUCAGCCACCCCCACCCACGAUGGACGGACGCUUUAAAGAUCGCCUCCUGGGUGGGGCUCUUGGGAGGGGGUCUGAGGGCAGAGCAAACCAGGGGAGCCCCAGCUCGCUUCUCUGACACUCUCCUCCGCCCUUCCUGACCCGGACGCAGAGGAGGAGCUGCCCCUUGGCGGCCUGGUCAAGGCCCAGACGGGAGCUUGGAGGCACCCAAGCCCACGGCAGACGGCUUAGCACAACAGGGCGAGGCUGGCUUUGUCCCUCAGCCCAUUGGCGCUCUCCGCCGUGCCCGGGCCUAUGCCCAGUGCCCGCACAGUAUUUAUUGUUUUCCACACGUGAAGUCAAGUAUUAGGAGGGGAGCAGAGUUUCCAGGAAGCUCGCGGCCUGCCGGGGGGCUGCUUCCUCCUUUCUAGCCUUGGACCUAUGCAGUAGAUCAUGGAAGCCAUCCGUGUGCCUCCUCUUUCUGAGGAAAAUAAAAUGCUUUGUAGUA